CUUUUAAAUGUGACACUUGUGGAAAGGAUUGUAAAUAUAAGUCAGUACUUCUGAACCACAUGAGAGUACACACAGGUGAGAAGCCGUACCUUUGCAAGACCUGCGGGAAAAGAUUUAGUAGAAUUGAUUCAUUGAAAAUACAUCAAAGAGUUCACACAGGUGAGAAGCCGUAUAUUUGCACAUGUGGGAAAGCUUUCACACACAGUCGUACCUUGAAUGCCCACAUUAGAAAUGUCCACAAUAAUGAGAGUCCGUACCUUUGCAAGAUCUGUGGGAAAAGAUUUAGUAGAAUUGAUUCAUUGAAAAUGCAUCAGAGAGUUCACAAUAAAGAGAAGCCGUAUAUUUGCAAGACCUGUGGGAAAAGAUUUAGUAGAAUUGAUUCAUUGAAAGUACAUCAAAGAGUUCACACAGGUGAGAAGCCGUAUAUUUGCAAGAUCUGUGGGAAAAGAUUCAGUUUAGUAACAACAUUGAAAAAGCAUCAAAGAGUUCACACAGGUGAGAAGCCGUAUAUUUGUACAACAUGUGGGAAAGCUUUUGCACAGGGAUCUAAUUUGAACGCCCACAUUAGAUUCGUCCACAAUAAUGAGAAGCCAUGUCUUUGUAAGAUCUGUGGGAGAAGAUUCAGUGAAGAGUCAACAUUGAAAAAGCAUCAGAAAGUUCACACAGCUGGGACGCGAUAUAUUUGUACAACAUGUGGGAAAGCUUUCGCACGGGGAUCUGAUUUGAACAAACACAUUAGAUUCGUCCACAAUAAAGAGAAGCCCUACCUUUGCAAGAUCUGUGGGAAAAGAUUCAGUAGAGCGUCAGCCUUGAAAAAGCAUCAGAGAAUCCACAAUGGUGAGAAGUCAUACGCCUGCAACGUGUGAGAAAAGGUUCGCUGUUCUGACACACUUGAAAAAACAUGCAGCAACACACACAGGUAAGGGGCCAUACACUGCAACAUGUGUAAGAAAACAUACUGCGCCACAUCUGACUUGAAAGAGCACAUCAAAAU